AUGCCUUUGAUCAAAAAAAAAGCAUCAGAAGAUAGUUGGUUAGAGCAAGUUGUUGGUACAGCAUUAGUAAGUAAUCCAGUACAAGUACCCGAUCAAAAUAAUAUGUAUAUUGCACGUUAUGAUAAAGAAGGAUUGGUGUAUUUUGGUAAAGCAUGGAAUGAAAAUGGCGUAGUACAGUGUGAAUUCGCUUGUGGACAAGUAAAGUUGAACGGAUCAGAUAUUAAUGAUAAAAUACGGAUAUUAACAUAUGAUGGUAAUCAUACUACCAAAGGUUUCUUCUAUGAAUGGAUAAAAUAUGCCAGAUGGUUACGCCAUUCAAAUGAUGAAUUUCGUGUACCGUUAUGUUGUGGUACUUCUACUGGGGUCAUUUUUUUGCCAGGAAAAAGUUUAGGAACAUUAAACAUUGAGAAAAAAACUGCAACAUUUGUAUAUGCUGAGAAAAUUAUUUCACUAACAGAAUCGGAACUCUAUGAUUGUCUCAUACUUAUGCGCAAUCUUCGUGAUAGGCCACCUAAUUGUUGUUGUGAACAAUGCAUGAAAAUAGAGGCAUUGGAAAAGGCGACACAUUCACCAAAUCAUCUAUUAAUGGUUAACGAAUGGGCUGAUUACCGUAUCGGUGAUACAUUUCCUAAAACAAAACGUUUAAUCAAAGCGUUAAAUCGUCCAUUGAAUACAUUAAAUGGCCCAGAAGAACAAUAUGUUGCAUUGUGGUAUCAUUUUGGCCAAGCAAUAAUGGGUCGAGCAUGGAAUGAUGCAAAUGGUAAAAUUGCUGCUGCAUUUGUAAGCAGAAAAAUGCCAUUUUUGAAUAGAGUUAUUGGUUCGUUGCAACUUUUGGUGCAGAUACCGCCUUCUGCAGCUGGUUUCGAUUACAGCUGGCAACCGUAUGGUGAAGCGGCAAAAAUCGGUUCAAAAGAAUGGUAUCCGGUACGUAUUGGAUUUGCUGCGCCGUGUGUAUUAGUGAUUGAUAAAGAAGGACACGAAUAUUUAGGAUCAGCAGAUUUAAAAGAAGAAUUUGCAACAACUGUAAUAAAAAACGAAGUAUUUCGAUUAGAAGGAAGUGCAAUUUAUGAUUUUAAAGUUUUAUGUCGCAAAGAUAGAGAUGAUACGCAAGCAAUCUAA